GUACCGUGCGCCGUCGAGAAAUUUUUGUCUCUGCUUUUUAAAGAGAAGCUAUAAAUCAGGCUGAGCCGAUCGUUCCAGGUCGGAAUUUCAGCAAACAAAAACCAUCAAAAACAUUGCUCUUCUAUCAUACUAUCAUAAUUCUUUCUGAGCCAGACUGACCUAUUUGGCAAUGUCUUUGACGAACCUAAAGGUCAACAGUCUCUAUAUUCUCUUAUUCAUCAGGAAUCAUCCUCCUGCCCCCAACGAUUUCCACUGGGGCCUCUACUUCCACCGCAACCCCGACACUGGAGGAACCAAGUAUCACAUCAAGCAGCAAGGCAGUGGCUGGAUUGCUGACCAUGCACCUACUGCCGGAGUCUUCAAGUCAUUCCUUCUCGUUGGACUUUUCAGGAUAGCUGAUGUUCCGGUGGGAUGGGAGAGUCACCUGGAUCAGACAAUGAAAGCUUACGACAAUCAGCUGAAUUUGCCUGGGAUUACCUGUCGUGUUUGGGUUCUCUGGGUCCUAGCUCUUUUACAGAAGCCAAUUGCUGGGAAAGUUAUCCUGAAGUGCAGCAACCUUCAGAGUCUCGAAAAUGAGGUUAAAGACUGGGGCAAUGCCAACGCGACGAGUGCAGCGAACAAUGUUCAGCCAAGGCCAUUAGCAGCUUCUACUUUGUGCGGACUUUGAAGAUGAGUCAUGUUUCAUGGCUGGAAAGCCUACAAGGGUCUAGAACCGCCCCCGCCUGUAUAGCGUCAGGCUUUUAGCAAUGAUUCGUGCUGUAUCUCGAGUAGGUAUUAUACUUGGCAGACAUAAUCUCAAUGUUGUUGAUGGAACUUUAUUCUACCCUGUAAUUAGACUGUAGCCUAGAUUCUUUCCCCUUUAUCGCCCGGGUCGAUCAUGUUAAAUCAGUAUUAAGAUGAAUUGAGAGUUUGUACACGGACUCGAUAAUGAGACCAC